AUGUCAGUUCCUAACCGAGGUGUUCAACUCGCUUCCCUGGCUGCAGACCCCGUAGGUGAACUGGCCGCAGCGGGGGCAUUGGACGCUUUCGAAGCCUACGUGUGGUCCGUGAAGACGGGACUGCUUUUGACAGUUCUCACCGGACACACGGCUCCGGUCAGCAGCCUUGAGUUCAAUCCGGGGCUGGAGUUCUAUGGCGGUCUCGAACUAGUAACCGCCAGCUGGGACGGAACUGUACGCACUUGGAGUCUGGCGGACUGUGAGGCUGCAAUCGACUCCAAGGAUGUCGCCGGUGGCACCAUGACUGAGGUUUUCACUGUACCCACUGAUGUUGUUCCCGCUAUGGGAAGCCUUGGACCAGAAAUUUGGAAUUCUCGGGAGGGUGAGGGUGGCCAGCGUCGGUCUGACUAUACUCCCACACCUCCACCUUGUUUCACCGUCCCUCUUUUUGCCAUUACAAAGUGGUUAGAAGGCGAUUUCAUCUAUCCUGCUAGUGGCAUAGACCACGAAACAGCAUCCUGCACACACACUGGCGAGGACAUUCUGACCACCGUCUUGUUUCUGCUUCCGCUCCAUCCCGCCCCCCCCAUGCACACCACCUCCACCUUGCUAACCCAGGUCACGAUUUCAGCCGUCGCCUUUUUGUUUGCUGUCGCCGCUUCGCUGACUCUGGAGCGCGCACAUCCAUCCCUGCUCGCGCUCAAUGAAGCGCCUUUUGGCUUUGACUUUUUAUUAACUGAAAGCGGUCCGACGACACCCGUGGUCGCGGGUACUAGAAAGGUCAUUUUACCCCUGCUGUCUUCCAAAUGCGAUGUCUUUCUUCGUCUGGCCCAGGUACCACAUCGUUUCGGUCUCCAAAUUUUCCUGUUUAUACCUAUUUGCACCACUUAUCGCCAUGAUGGUCACGAAUUGGCGGUUGCCCUUCUGAAUGCCACGAUCCUCUUCUUCGACCCCACUGACGGGCGUCAACUCGGCAGCAUUGAGGGUCGCCACGACCUCGACGUGGCUCAAGUUGGCGAGGAUGAUCUGGUCACGCCUUAUCGUGCUGCCAAGGAAAGGUACGUAUUGCCCUCAAUGAUGAAUGAUACUGCUUAG